AUGUCUGACUCGGAGCUGUUUCUCUGCCUUCUUCCAUCGAUUUUAGCUUUGCUUCUGAUUUUCAUUCUUGUCCAAAGAAAGCAAACCAGGCUUAAUCUUCCACCAGGAAACAUGGGUUGGCCAUUUUUAGGCGAAACAUUUGGUUACUUGAAGCCUUACUCUGCAACUUCGAUUGGAGAGUUCAUGGAAAACCACAUAUCAAGGUAUGGAAAAAUCUACAAGUCCAAUUUGUUCGGUGAGCCAACAAUAGUCUCUGCUGAUGCUGGAUUUAACAGAUUUAUAAUACAAAACGAAGGAAGAUUGUUUGAGUGCAGUUAUCCAAGAAGUAUAGGUGGGAUUCUUGGAAAAUGGUCUAUGUUGGUCCUAGUUGGAGACAUGCACAGAGACAUGAGGACUAUUUCUCUCAAAUUCUUGAACCAUGCAAGGCUUAGAACUCAUCUUCUAAGAGAGGCUGAGAAGAACACUCUGCUAGUUCUAAGCUCUUGGAAGGACAAUUCAGUGUUUUCAGCUCAAGAUGAGGCGAAGAAGUUCACAUUUAAUUUGAUGGCAAAACACAUCAUGAGCAUGGAUCCUGGAAUGGCUGAAACAGAGCAAUUGAAGAAAGAGUACAUUACUUUCAUGAAAGGAGUAGUAUCUGCUCCAGUGAAUCUACCUGGUACAGCAUACAGAAGAGCGUUGCAGUCUCGAUCGACUGUACUGAAGUUCAUAGAGAGAAAAAUGGAGGAGAGAAUGAGAAAGAUGGAGGAAGUAAUAGAGAAAAAAGCAGAGGAAGAUGAUCUCCUUGGUUGGGUUUUAAAGCAUUCAAAUCUUUCUCCUGAACAAAUCCUUGAUUUGAUUCUGAGUUUGCUCUUCGCUGGCCAUGAAACUUCAGCUGUGUCAAUAUCUUUGGCUAUCUACUUCUUACAAGAUUCUCCUACUGUUCUUCAUCAAUUGAGGGAAGAGCAUCUUGCAAUUGCCAGAGCCAAGAAGCAGUCAGGGGAGAUGGAAUUGAAUUGGGAUGACUACAAGAGUAUGGAAUUCACCCACUGUGUUAUCAAUGAGACUCUCAGGCUGGGUAAUGUGGUGCGGUUUCUUCACAGAAAGGCCAUAAACGACGUUCGGUAUAAAGGUUAUGACAUUCCUUGUGGAUGGAAAGUACUGCCGGUCAUUUCCGCAGUACACUUGGAUUCUUCAGUUUUUGAGGAGCCUCAUCAAUUUAACCCGUGGAGAUGGCAGCAGAACGGUAAUGUUAAGGGAAAUACUUCAACAAGCAACCACUUCAUGCCGUUCGGAGGUGGACUGCGACUCUGCGCGGGAUCAGAACUGGCUAAAGUUGAAAUGGCAGUUUUCAUACACCACUUGGUACUAAAUUUUCAAUGGGGGUUAGCAGAUAAGGAUCAAGCUAUGGCAUUCCCAUUUGUGGAGUUCCCUAAAGGCCUACCCAUCAAGGUCCAGCACCAAAAGUUAGUAUAAGAGAAAGCAAUGGAGACCAUAAAACUAUUGAAUUGAUAUAUCAUAUAUAUACAUACAAAAUUAGUUAAAGCUCCUUUGUAUGUGAAUCAGUGAAUGUGAAGAUUUGAGUAUCUUGUACGUUCAACGGGGAAUGUAGUUUACAGUGUUGUUUUGACGUUACAAGUGAAACUCUCACGAGCCAUGCAUACUGCAGAGAAAGGGAAGUGAACAAGGGUCCUAAGAGAUGACCACAUCUUCCUCUCCAUCGUCUUAAUUAAUUAUCUUGUAAAGUAUUUUUUAUCGAUGCACAGGUGGUUAA